AUGCAAGCCCGCUCGUGGACGGUGGUGCAUGGGGGAUCACCGACGCUGCAAUGGGGUGUCGCGCGGCGACGCUGCAACGGGCGGAUGGUUGCCCAGCGGUGUUGCAGUGGAGCUUCACCGGCGACUAUCGGUGAUGCGAUGCAGCGCUCAUUGGCGGCCCGGAGCUGUGAUGCGGUGCUCGGUGCUGCAAUGGAGCUUCACCGGCGGCUGCUCGUGCUGCGAUGCAAGUGGUCGAUGCUACAAUGGAGCUUCACCGGCGGCUGUCGGUGCUGUGAUGCAGGGAUCGACGACGGCCCGGAGCUGCAAUGGAGCUUCACCGGUGGUGGCGGGUGCUGCGAUGGAGCGCCAUCGCACCGGGGGAUCCUUCGCCGCCGCCACUCUCUUCCAUCUCCCUCGGGAUCCUUUUUCGAUCUGCUCCACCUCGUUUUCUACAGCCAACCAACCCGCAUCGCUCGCCGAUUUCCUCGUGCCCGAGGCCUCCAAAUCACUCCUCGCCAGCAACCAGCGCCACCAGGGAACCGAGACGCCAGUGCCGCCGUUCCUCUGCUUCGUCUGCUUCCAGUAGGACCACGAGGCGCGCCCGCAGCCCCGUACGCGUCGUCGUCGUCGUCUUCGUGCAGCAGCCCAAGCGCUGCCGCGAGCCCCGCCUGCUCCUUCAAGUCUGCCGCCGUCUCCCAAGGCCCUCGGCUCCGCCGCCCCGCCAAGUUCCACACCGCCCCGUCUGCUCGUUCUUGCUGUCGUCGCCGCCAAGACCUUGCCUCGCCGGAUCCACCGCCCAUUGUCGGGAAUCGGUCCCCGACGACCUCGCCUCACAUCCGGUGGUCGUCUCGUCGUUUUGUGUCGCCGGAAGCACCAGCGCCGCCGCCCCUUGACUUCCUGGAACGGGCGCAUCCCCAAAUCCCGCUCGCUGUGUCCGUUGACUUCGUCGCCAGCCGUGCGGGGGCCACGAGAGCGCCAGGCCCAGCUCGCCCGCGCGAAGACCCCCCCCCCACCUCUGUCGCUUUGCCUGGGCCGCCUUCUCUCCAUGCUGCUCGUCGUGGGCCACACGCCUGCCGGCCCAGCUGCGCCUUCUCCCGUCCUAGUCCAUCACCGAGCCGGCCCAAGUGCCGUGGUGAGUAGCUCAGUUCAACCCAAUGCAGCCCGUCCUGUUUUUUUCCUGUUGCUGCGAAUUUAGCUAUUUUCCAGAGAGUGCCUGUUUUGCAGAAAACACCCUAGUCUUCAUGCAUUUCAUUACUCACAAACUAAGCAUCACAUGUAAAAAAAGUUGUAUAUGAAACUUGCUUAGAAUUUUGUCUAGUUUAAUAAUAUUCAACUUUCAUGCAUGUUUAAAAUGUUUAAAAUGUUGUUUGUUUAAAUUUGCUUAAAUAACUUGCUAAAAU